GAAGAGAGAGAGAAAGCGGCAAGCAGAAAGCUCAUAGCUAAGGAGCGAGAGCAGCGUCAGAAGAAGAGGAUCGCUUUAAAAAGGACAAAAUAAGGAAAAAACAAAAAAGGAAACUCACCAGUCCCGCUGAUGGUCAUACGUCAACUUUAAGUGGCUAAAAUCUCAGUGAGUAGGAGAGAAAGAGCAAAGUAAAUUCAUCACCACCAUGAAGCUGUGGAGCCGUGUCUGCUUCCUCGUUCUAGCAGUUUCUCCUAUUUGCCUGGGUACUGAAACUACAAGUGAUGCACCUCAAAACAAUGAUACAAAGGCUUCUGCCGCCACGAUCACUUCCCCACACCAUUCAAAUACCACAGAUGCUGAGAGUACUACAGCAGUGAUGACAAACGUUACAUCUGGAGGUACAGUGGCUACUACUCUAACAAGUACUAAUGUACCAACGAAAGAGACUACCAACAUAGUCACACAAGGAGGAGCAGACCGUGGUGGUCAAAUGACUCAAACGACAACAAGUACCAGCUCAGGAACUACAGCUGCUGGCUCGUCUGCAGGUUAUGUGGUCCUGGCGCUUAUCAUCAUAGUGAUUUUAAUUCUGUGUAUCAUCCUCUACCUCUUGAGGAGAGCCUCCAGGACAUAUUCAUUUGACCUCCAGCGUCCAAAUCCUGUUGGCCAUCUCAGCCAGCCCACUGGCACCUUUGAGCCAGUCUACCUGGAUGAUCUGGAGCGACCGGUACCUAAAGAUAUUGAAGCCACUGAUGACCUUUCACCUCCACCGGUCGCUAACGGCACGAGUCUACAGUCGGAGGAAAAGGACUCCACCGGAGAGAACGCUCCUGAGGAACAGCUAGAAGCAAACGGUGUGGAGACUUCACCCGCUGAAAACACCACUCCCUCAUUGAGCAGCGAUGAAGCUGACAAGAUAUCCAACCCACCGAGCAGUACCAACCUGUUCUUUGAUGCUAUUGGGGAGCAGCAGAAUGAAAACAACAACAACCCUACAGUUUGCGCCAGUGACCCAUUUGUUGAAAUAAACCUGGACGAGCCAGCGUGGUGUGAUCAGCUCCUCAAUUCUUCUGAAGGUUCUUCCUCGGUCCUCCCCUUCUCUCCAUUCUCCUUAUCCUCCUCUUCCUCUUAGCACCUUGAAUCUUAUCCUCUUCGAUCAACAUAUAGGCAGAGACUGUCUUUCGUAGCACAUGGACAUGAGCACGACAUCUUUUGUUCCCAAAGCUAGUAUGGAUUGUCAGGUGAACAACCAAGGAAUUAACAUCAACCUGUAAACAUGAAGCUAGCUUUAACUGAUUUCUUAUUGUGAUUUUAUAUGUUUUUUUGUUCAAACUUAAUGGUCUCUUUUAGUAUUUUUUUUCUAAGACUAUAUGAAGGAUUUUAAACUGAUUUUAAUUGAAUUGUUUGAAACGGAGCAAUUUGGGAAGCUCAAAGAGACAGUCCAAAAUUGCAUCUAAGAAAAAGAAGCAUUGAAGAAAUGUUAACAGUUUUUACCCAAAUCACAACUUUUCCUGCAUUUAACUGACUGAUUAUUAUUGUUACCUAACCACACUGCAAACUUCAUACCAAAGGAAGUCAAAUAAGCGAGGUAGCUUAUUCGUGGCAUCUAGACUUACAAUAACACCUGAACUUUUUUACAAAUGUCAUCACUUCAUGAGUGACUCCAGUCACUCCAAAGUGGGCUCUCAGAUCUAACAUUCUUUAUAAGUAGGCUAAAUUUCUCUCAGAAGAGAUAUUUGGUUUUAAGUCAGAUUCUUUUGGGGAAAUUCGUGUGUAAAAAGCACUCACAUAGGAAACAGUUGAUUAACUUUUUGUACAUUUUAAUAUUGCAAUAAUAAUUUAAGGUUGUAAUCCCAUAGACACACAUGGAUAUACACAAGAAUGAUACAUCAUUUGGGGACUACAUCUCAUUAGCAAUAAAUAUAAAACUAUCUUUAAUGUUUCCUUAUGAUUUUUUUUAUUUCGUUUGUUUUACACAUUGUCAGCACAUCAAACUUAAAUCAAAUUAGUUUUUUCCUAAAACCUUUGCCCCAGUAGCAUUCUUCUACUCCAUUUUAUUUACUAAAGCAUCAUAAAACAGCAGCAACAACUAUUACUCUCAAAUUAUCGAUGUAGGCUAGUUUCCCCUAAACCUACAGUAACAUUUGUGAAAUCUCUGAACUAUAGAAAAUAAACUCUGUGUCAUAGUUACUGUAAAUAUUUUUGUAUACAAUAUAUGUUUUAGUAGAAUACUAUGAACCAUUCACAUUUAUUCAAGUUCUAUAUUUUAAUUUUGUGACUAUGGAUGUUUCCAUUCUACUAGAAGUUUAAAUGCUUUAAUUUUUUUAACCUACAUUUAUUUUGUCAUAAAUAAACUAGCUUCUUUUUAGAAGCUAGCUAAAAAUAAAUUUUACUACUGCCAUUUUGCUUAAUGUGCUAGUUCAAACUGAUAUAUAAAUAAAACAUUUUCUGACUAUUGUUAAAAAGACAUUGAGAAGUGUUAUUUUGUUUCAUGUUAAAAAUCAAAUUGUUUCAAAUAAAACAAAUUUUUCCAGAAUUUCACUGUUAUGCCUUCUUCAUUGUCUUUAUUAUCCUGAUGGUUAAAAAUGUCUCUAAGCAGUUUGGUAUUAAUGUUUCUUUCAUUUCACUAAUUUUUGGGUUCAUUUUAUUUGCUGCCUUACUCAAACCUUUUCAGGAAGUCAUCUGUGUAUUCUUUUGUCCAUUAAAACUAUAAAAUAAUUUUGACUUGGCUGUCUGUGAGUGGCAGCAUGUGUGGUAACAGCAGGAUGGCUGGUGGUUAGCACUGUUGCUUCACAGCAAGAAGAUCCUGAGGCUGGGGUCUUUCUGUGUGGAGUUUGCAUGUUCUUGUGGGUUCUUCCCAGGUACUCCAGGUUCCUCCCGCAAUCCAAAGGUGGGGAGUCAGUGGCCCAUAGUAAUGAAUGGUUGUCUGUCUCUGUGUGUUAGCCCUGCAACCGAUUGGUGACCUGUUUAGGGUAUUCCUGGAAUAAAGUCAUGAC